AGGAGCUUUCGCGCUUUUGUCUCACCAGUAUAAAACUCACAGAUUGGGGAGAAGUGUCACUCAGUUAGCAAAGAAAACAUUCUAGAGGAAAGCAAUAAAUACUAUUCCUAAUACUAAACUAUGGCUGCUGUUGAAUUCUCCGAAGAAAAGAUUGAAAAUAUCAAAGAAGCUUUCGAGCUUUUUGAUACAACUGGCGAUGGAAAAAUAGCAUAUCAUCAGGUCGGUGAUGUUACCAGAGCUAUGGGGGAAGAUCCAACUAACGAAGACGUUACGAAAUUUAUGGGAAAUCCGUCUGCCGAUGACCUGAAAACAAAACGAAUAACAGUUGAGGAAUUUCUUCCAAUUUUUCAAAAAAUUAUCCAAGAGGGACAAAAAGGAACAUUCGAAGAUUUUGUGGAGGGAUUGAGAGUAUUCGAUAAAGACGGCAAGGGAACAGUAAUGGGCGCUGAAAUUCGACAUGUUUUGACAACUUUGGGAGAGAAACUGACAUCGGCUCAGGUCAGUUUGAUGAUGAAAGGACAGGAAGACAAUACUGGAGAAAUGAAUUACGAAGCUUUCAGCAAAUUUUUACUUUCGGAAGGAGAACCUGAAAAGAAAUGAAGCUGAAAAAUCCAGGCUAUUGAUAUGUUCACAACUCGACUUUCCUUCAAUAUCGUUACAUGCAAAUUGAUUGCUUCAUAAUUUUCUGUAAUAAAUGGAAUAUACAUA